GCGGGCGAACAAAGUGCGGGCGCCUGCCCGCGCCAUGGCCUCCGAGGAGCUGUACGAGGUGGAGAAGAUCGUGGACAAGCGGAAGAACAAGAAGGGCCGCACGGAGUACCUGGUGCGCUGGAAGGGCUACGACAGUGAGGACGACACCUGGGAGCCGGAGCAGCACCUGGUCAACUGCGAGGAGUUUAUCCACGACUUCAACCGGCGACACGCAGAGAGACCCCGUGAGGGUGUGCCGGCCCGUGCCAGCCGCACCUCACCCAGCAACGCCCGGAAGCAGAUCUGCCGGUCCACACACAGCAGCCUGGCUAAAGUGCCCUCCAAGGGGCUUGUGAUUGGCAAAGACCCCGAGCCCAAGACUGCCCAGCUGCUGGCUGCUGGCCAGAAGUUCCGCAAGAGUGUGGCCCCAUCCUUGUCGGGCCGGAAGAAUAUGGACCUGGCCAAGUCAGGCAUCAAGAUCCUGGUGCCCAAGAGCCCCAUUAAGAGCAGGACUGCGGUGGAUGGCUUCCCCAGUGAGAGCCCCGAGAAGCUGGAGCCCGCGGAGCAGGGCCAGGAGGACACAGCGGCACCUGAGGUGGUAGCCGAGAAGCCCGUGGGGGCGCUCCUCAGCCCGGGUGCUGAGCGCGCAAGGAUGGGCAGCCGGCCCAGGGCCCACCCAUUAGUGCCUCAGGGGCCAGGCCCCGCCACUGCCACUGCCGCCAUGGCCACAGGGCUGGCCGUGAAUGGGAAAGGCACAUCCCCCUUCCUGGACGCGCUCACAGCCAACGGCACCACCAGCAGCCUGCAGACAUCAGUGGCUGGUGUGGCUGCUGGGAAGAGGAAGUUUCUGGAGGAGCGGCGGGAGCAGCCCUUUGACAAGCGGCUGAGGUUCAGCGUGCGGCAGACAGAGAGCGCCUACCGGUACCGUGACAUCGUGGUGCGCAAGCAGGACGGCUUCACACAUAUUCUGCUAUCCACCAAGUCCUCCGAGAACAACUCCCUCAACCCGGAGGUUAUGAAGGAGGUGCAGAGCGCCCUGAGCACAGCGGCCGCUGAUGACAGCAAACUGGUGCUGCUGAGCGCAGUGGGCAGCGUCUUCUGCUGUGGCCUUGACUUCAUCUAUUUCAUCCGGCGCCUCACGGACGACAGGAAGAGAGAGAGCACCAAGAUGGCAGAGGCAAUCCGAAACUUCGUCAACACCUUUAUCCAGUUUAAGAAGCCAAUUGUCGUGGCUGUCAAUGGCCCAGCCAUCGGGCUUGGUGCGUCCAUCCUGCCACUGUGUGAUGUCGUGUGGGCCAAUGAGAAGGCCUGGUUCCAGACGCCCUACACCACCUUUGGGCAGAGCCCUGACGGCUGCUCCACUGUCAUGUUUCCCCGGAUAAUGGGUGGUGCUUCGGCCAAUGAGAUGCUGCUGGGUGGCCGGAAGCUGACGGCACAGGAGGCCUGUGGCAAAGGCCUGGUAUCGCAGGUGUUCUGGCCCGGAACCUUCACCCAGGAGGUCAUGGUCCGCAUUAAGGAGCUGGCCUCCUGCAACCCAGCGGUGCUGGAGGAGUCCAAGACACUGGUCCGUUGCAACCUGCGCUCGGAGCUGGAGCAGGCGAAUGAGCGGGAGUGUGAGGUGCUGAAGAAGAUCUGGGGCUCGGCGCAGGGCAUGGACUCUAUGCUCAAGUACCUGCAGAGGAAGAUUGAUGAGUUCUGAGGCACGGCCUCGUGUUCUCCAGGAGCUUUUCCGUGCUGUGACUUUGAAUAAAAGCAUACAAAGCUCCGUGUCCGGGGUUCUGCUUCGGGACCUGACCAGCACUUCCACGGCUCUGUGAUGUGGGGAGCACAACAGCUGGCCCAGCCCAGCCCUGCUCCACUGCUGCUGGGAGGCUGAAAGCUCUGACGACGUCUAUCAUGUUUCCUCCGAGACCCAGAAUUUAAGCUAAGUGCGGGGCAGGCCUCGCCCCAGAAAACUUCUGGACCCCCACCAUGGCCUGCGCCGCAGCCACAGAGGCCUUGGGAGCUUGGCUUGUGCUGAAGCCCUGAGGCCCAGACACCACGUGCUUCCUGGGGGGGCUGCCCGCUUUCCCCAGACGGAGGGAGCUCCGGGCUCUCGUUUGCAGUAUUAGUGAGUCAUAGACACUUUGCAGGGGCAUGUGGGCUCUGCCCGCCUCGGGGCUGUGUCGGACCCCUGAGAAGAUGCAACACAGGGAUAUUACUGGGUGAGAAAUGCAACUUUAUAUGCAGUUUGGGUUUUGUAUUUGCAGAUGAUUGAUGUAUUACACCAAAAAAAGUAUUUUUAUGUUUAUAAAGUGUAAUUUUUAGGUUCACUUAGAAAUAUAUUUUAUUUAAUAAGUUAAAAUUUUUGGGCACACUAUGAAACACAGAAACUCCUUUUUAAAGAAGAAAUAAAAGAGCUACCUUCCUUCCUGAUAUUCAUGUCCUUGCCUUCCCGUGGUCCUGGUAGUCAGUGGCUUGGGCACAGCUUGACCUUCCAGGAGCCCGGGGCUGGCUUUGAGCUGGCAAUCAUUGAAUGUAUGAAGAACGAAACAAAAUCCAAACCUUAUUUUUGUAGUUUUGAAGUUUAUACGUAGAACUGACCCCCUCUCCCAGUAUUUUUGCAUCAGUGGGCCCUGUUUUCGUUGAGUAGUUUGAGCUAUAUAUAAACUGUACAAUCUGUAAAGUUUUUAUAGAAUAAAUAUUCAGCUGUGAAACUGGUUAAAUAAAACUAAUAUUUCUUAACACA